GCCGCGCCGUAGCAAAUGGGCUUCGAAGAGUGGUAGUCGUCUCGGCCCUCCCUUUUUUUUUUUAACAGUAUUUUUCUCUCCUUGAGGUAUUUUUGCUGUCUGUGACAUUUUUCACUUCCCCGCCGCAACUAUCUUCGCAGGUGUUUUUUUUCUGUUUUGAGUAAGAACUACUCUAGCUCUUUGACGUACGAGGAGGCACAAGCAUCGUUGAACGGCAGGCAAUUCAAGAAACACAACUACCCAGGAAAUAGUAAGUGGAAGGCUUGUUUUUUUCGCGGUUGCUUCCCUGCAUUUCCAUUAGUUCUCAACUUCCUGUAUAUUUAUAUUUCUAUAUCUAUAUCUACGUUUAUCGAAAUCUCUUAAUCCGUGAGUUUUCGGUUUUCAGAAUACCUGCUAAUAGACGAGUAUAUGUGACGCUCAAGCACAACACAAGGUCAAUCUUCAGUGGCGGUAUUUUUCCCCCUUUCAUACGCCAAAAGAAAUUUUUAUUUUGAACUACAAUAAGAGAAAAGAAGUAGAUAAAAAAAAUGUCGACAACGAAUGUGUCUCCUUUCCACAGCAGUUCCGAGUGCCCGACCGCACAAAUCUCUCGCUGCAACCUCGACGUGGAUGAGUUAGAUUCCAACGUGCACUCCACCGCGUCGUUGCAGCCCAGGACGCCGGCGGGGGACAACGAAACCCGCAUUACCCCGCUCGACUCCGAUGCCUUCGCGUCGCCCAUGACGCGGCCGCCAACGGGGGUGUCGAUCAGCGUUACCCCGAGCCCGACGACAGCGCGCGGGGCGCAGCGACCUGUCAGCCAGCGGCCGCCCGGCCUCUCCAUGUUGUCUCCCUCCACCCUCUCCGCGUCCUCUGCGUCGGAGAAGGCGGUCACUGCCGGCGUGACCUUCCCGUCGCAUCAAGAGGUACAAUCAACGCCGCACAACCUCACCCAGGCAAACGAACCAAUAGGUACUCUCGACCAUCACCACGGUGAUGGAAGCGACAACACUCUCCGUGGCUUGUUGAGCGCACUGCCUGCCUGCUCCACACCGAGGAAGGAUGCGGCAACGAAGGCGCCAAGCACCAGCACCUCGACCUGCACGUCCUACGCCACACCAAACUCCGCUGCGGCAACGCCGAAUACGCGGCGGCGAGCGCUGUCCUCGCCGAUGGUGCCCACGACGCGCGGCUUCGGCGGCGUGGGAGUACGAUGGGCCCCCGGCGGCGAGGCGGCAGCCGCUGCAGGCACCACCACGAAGGGUGACGCACCGCGCGCACGUCCCUGUCUGCCCCCCCUGCGGCCUCCUACGAGCUACUUAGCCGCCGGCAGUAAAUCCGGCAGCAGCCACGUCAGCCGUCGCAACGGCAGCUCCUGCGUUGGCUCGCCCAUCUCUCAGUCCGAGCUGCAGGCACCACUCAGUUCCAGCCAGGUCAGUUUGCCGCCGCGACUACUGACGCCUGCCACGGUGACGAUGACACACACGGCGGACGACAACGGCUGGUGGGCCGCGGCGCAGCGCUACGUGGCGAGCAAAGGCGAUCAGGUGAAUUCGUAUUUGGAGAGGUUGGUGAACCCGGGGGCGGUGAACCUUGUCACGACCCACGCUCGCACGGCCGCCGCGCAAGCCCGCAGUCGUCGUGCGUCGCAGUCUUUCCGCUCCCUGUCGCGGCAUGCGAGCAGCAACAGCCUGAGCGAGGGUGGUGGCCGCCACAGCCGCACCGUCUCCGUCUCUUCGGGGUUUGACGGGGCGUUUAAUCCGGACAGCCGCGCACCGCCUUCGCGCCCACCCGUGUCGCCGGCCCACGGCGGUGGCGGCGGCGGCACCCACCGCUCCUCGUUUGAGCCGUUUAGUAUUGCUUCCCAGCACGACAGCGACGCGAUCCCGCUCGACGUCGUCGUGAUCGACCCGGCGCAGGAGCCUUUUCUGUGGAACGACCCCUCCAUCCAGGCCCCCGAGGUGCGAGUGGAGUCCCACGAUGCGGCGAACGAUUCCUUCAACAACGUCGGUGACGUCUCGGGGUCCGAUGUGGACGACGCCGAGGAAGAGCCGCACGCCUACGUCGUGGACCUCCUUUCCGCCCUGCGGGGCUACCUCACCAACCCGACGGAGCCGUUCGGUCACCUGGUGGCGGCGGCGCUGGCGUCCCGGUCGGCCGAGAUGCCGGUGCGCGGGUUCGAGAUCGCAGCGGCGGAGCACAACCCAUUUUUGGUCCGCAUGAUCGUCGACUCCGGCACGCUGGAGGUACAGGAUGCGGAGGUGCAGCGCAACGUGCAGGACACGGUGGACGAGCUGAUCCCUGUCACGGAAGGGGAGCUCAGCCCCGGCAUCUACGAGUACCUCAGCUCCUUCUUCACGAUGCCGUUUGUGCGGCUUUCGCACGGGCAGUAUUCUCUGUUGAAGCGCAGCGGCUUUGAGUACGUCAAGCUCAUGUUUGACCACCAGCACGUACUGCCGGAUGAACCGUUUCACUCGAUUCUUGUUUACGAGUCGCAUGGGAUGCACGCCUUUAAUCUGGCCUUUAUGGUGAUUCAAUUUCUCUCCGUCGUUUUCUGCACCGUCACGGUGGCGGUGGUGCUGACGGUGUGGAUGAAGAUGGACGACAACAACCUGCAGAGCUACGGCUUCUACACGCUGAUUGUCUUCGGCGGUGGGUGGGCGCUGUACCUCAUUUUUAUUAUCUACGCCGUGCGCAGUCGACAGGAUGAGCAGCGGUACGAGCCGCCGGCGAAUGACUCCGACCAAGUCUUCGUUCCAUCGCCGUACGUGGCGGUGAUGCCGGUCAUUCCCCUUUUUGACAUUAUGUGCCUUGCCAGGUACAGCAUGGCAGUGAAGAAGAAGCGCAUGAUUGUCGGCCACAACAUCGUCGCCUGCAGCCGUCUCUCUGGCGCUUUUUACGCGGUCUGGUUUGCCUUUCCUCAGCUCAUCACGCAGUCCUACUUCAACAACAUCGAGGUGAGCAUCGACGCCCAGUACCGCCAUCGCUGGGCCUACACGAUGCUGAUGGUGGCGGUGAUCGCGCAAUGGAGCGUCGCGAUUGCCGGCUACGUCGGUUUCCUCUUCGCACACGACUCCAUUGACGGGUUCGGCUUUGCGUGCUUCAACAGGCCGCGCGUCUCGCACCUGCUGGAGUGGCACAACGCCGCGGCGCACGCCCUGUACUACCUCACCGCUUUUUUGCUAGAAACAAACGUCUUCCUCAUCGCGGCGAACACCGUCAACCGACCCAAUCCGGCGGUGUGCAACGCGUACUUGAACGUUGUGCUGGUGCUCUCCUCGUUCAGUGUGUUUUACAUGCUCGUUCUCUUCCUUGUCAUCACACUGACAGAUGCCAUGGCGGUGCGCAUUAGCUUCACUUCCAUCGCCCUCGUUGCGGUGCAGGUGGCGCUGUGCGUCUGCUCGGAGCAACUGCAACGGACGGAGUGCGCGGUCUACCGGCACUACUUCUUCCGCGGCACCUUUGUGUUCGGCUACCUGUCGUGGGGUGCCUACUUCUCCGCGUUUCUCGUGUGGCUCGUCAUGAUCAUUCAGUGGCACAUUUUGCGUUAUCACAAGCUGAACCUAUUUCCGCGAGUGCUGUGGCCCCCUACGCGCAAAGACGAGCGCUUUGCAAAGGCAAAGAAGUCGGAUGAGUCAUCGGCAGGCAAGGAUCCUUCCUCGCAGGCAGCGGCGGAGAGCCAAACUGGAACUCCAACCAUGUGA